AUGCUGCCCCAUCAAAUUAUUGGAGAUGUACCAAUGGUUGUCCACAUGUUCAAUGAUCCUCCUUUCAUCGAGUGCCCACUGUUGGAAGAACGAGCGAGGGCAAUGACCGAAGUAGAGUGUGCAAUGCAAGUAGUUCCUCAAAGCAUGGCUUAUAUGUCCUCAGAUAAUAUUAAUUGUUCUCAGUAUCUGUCCAUGGUUGCAGCUGAGCAAAGUGAUGAUGAGCUUUACUCUACACUUGAGGGCCCUGAGGGAGGAGAUCACGAGAUCUCAAACUGCCAUGAAGGAGGCCGAGCAAGAGAAGGCUGUCCAAGAAGUUACAUAUAA